AUUACGCAACGUGUUCAAACUCGUUCUUUUCACGUGCGUCCGAUUCCAUCAUGGCGGCGCACUACAACUUCAAGAAGAUUACGGUUGUGCCUUCGGCAAAGGACUUUGUCGACAUCGUUCUUUCGAGAACUCAACGGAAAACUCCGACGGUAAUUCAUCGACACUACAAGAUAAGCCGGAUUCGUGGUUUUUACAUGCGGAAGAUCAAAUUCACCCAACAGAAUUAUCAUGACAAACUGACUCAGAUUAUCACAGAUUUCCCAAGGCUGGAGGAUAUCCAUCCAUUCUAUGCCGAUUUGAUGAAUGUGCUCUAUGAUAAGGAUCAUUAUAAGCUGGCCUUAGGGCAAAUUAACACUGCGAGGCAUUUGAUUGACAACGUUGCAAAGGAUUAUGUGAGGCUCAUGAAGUAUGGUGACUCAUUGUACAGAUGUAAACAGUUAAAACGAGCAGCUCUAGGAAGAAUGUGUACAAUAAUGAAAAGGCAAAAUCAGAGUUUGCAAUACUUAGAACAAGUUUACAAGGUGACAAGAGCAGAUGUCGAGGUCCAACCAUAUGCUUUCACAACCAAGUCUCUGUUUGUUGGUCACAUGGACUACAAAUACCUCAGAUGGCAGGUAGUGGACACUCCAGGAAUCCUUGAUCACUCACUAGAAGAACGAAAUACCAUAGAAAUGCAGGCCAUCACAGCUCUUGCACAUCUCAGAGCAGCCAUUCUUUACAUUAUGGAUAUUUCUGAGCAGUGUGGACACACGCUUGAGGAACAGAUUGAGCUGUUUAAUGACAUCAAACCUCUCUUUGCUAACAAACCACUGCUUGUUGUGGUGAACAAAGUAGAUGUGAUAAGACCCGAGGAACUGUCUGAAGAAAAGCGAGAGCUACUCAAAGCUUUUGAUCAAGACGGAGUAACACUUCUUCCGAUGAGCACAGUCAGUGAAGAAGGCGUGAUGACUGUCAAGACUGAAGCCUGUGAUCAGCUUUUAGCUCAGAGAGUUGAAGUUAAAAUGAAGAGCAAGAAAGCUAAGGAUGUCAUGAACAGACUUCAUGUUGCCAUGCCAACACUGCGAGACCAGAAGGAGAGACCACCAUGCAUACCUCAGGCUGUGUUAGACAAGCGACAAGCCAUGUCAGUGGAGGGAGCCGAGCCAAAGAGAAAACUGGCUAAGGAUCUUGAAAAUGAACUGGGUGAAGAUUAUUACAUGGACCUGAGACAACAUUGGGAUUUGACAAAGAACGACGAAAAGCAAGACAUUAUACCCGAGAUCUACCUCGGGAAGAACGUGGCUGACUUCAUUGAUCCAGACAUCAUGAAGGCUCAAGCCGCGCGUAGCCGGAGAAACCAGACAGAAGAUUUGGGAGAAGAAAUGGAAGGCAUUGAAGAGGGUGACGAAGAAGCGAAAAGAGCCCGUUCCCAGACUCCAAUGAGCCGGAAGAGAAAGAGAGCAACGAGCAGCGGCGCGCGCAGCUUGUCGCGGCCACCACGUGACCAGUCAGGCAUAGGCUCUCCUGAGAAAAAGAAGAAAGCGAAGAAACUGUCCAAGGUUGUUCAGAGAGGCAUCAACCGCAUGGGCAAAGCAGGAGAAGCAGACAGAAAGAUCGCCACGAAAAUGCCCAAACACAUGUUUGCCGGUAAACGAAAGAUGAAUAAAAUCCAGAGAAGAUAACCUUGAAUAGCAUGUGCUCGCAAGAUUAAUCUACACCAUGUUCUUGUGACAAAUUUUACGUAAAAAUAAAAAUUUGUGGUUCAGGCGAA